AUUGCCGCCGGAGGAGGAGGCGGAGUAACCUCUGGUCAGCCGAGAAACCCCACUAUCCCGUAGCCAUAACCGCUUAAACGAUUUGGGAGGUAGUGAAGGGCAGGGAGCUGGACCUGGAGGCGCCGCCGCGACAGCAGCAGCCAUGGAGGACGAGAUGCCCAAGACUCUAUACGUCGGUAACCUUUCCAGAGAUGUGACAGAAGCUCUAAUUCUGCAACUCUUUAGCCAGAUUGGACCUUGUAAAAACUGCAAAAUGAUUAUGGAUACAGCUGGAAACGAUCCCUAUUGUUUUGUGGAGUUUCAUGAGCAUCGUCAUGCAGCUGCAGCAUUAGCUGCUAUGAAUGGACGGAAGAUAAUGGGUAAGGAAGUCAAAGUGAAUUGGGCAACAACCCCUAGCAGUCAAAAGAAAGAUACAAGCAGUAGUACCGUUGUCAGCACACAGCGUUCACAAGAUCAUUUCCAUGUCUUUGUUGGUGAUCUCAGCCCAGAAAUUACAACUGAAGAUAUAAAAGCUGCUUUUGCACCAUUUGGAAGAAUAUCAGAUGCCCGAGUGGUAAAAGACAUGGCAACAGGAAAGUCUAAGGGAUAUGGCUUUGUCUCCUUUUUCAACAAAUGGGAUGCUGAAAACGCCAUUCAACAGAUGGGUGGCCAGUGGCUUGGUGGAAGACAAAUCAGAACUAACUGGGCAACCCGAAAGCCUCCCGCUCCAAAGAGUACAUAUGAGUCAAAUACCAAACAGCUAUCAUAUGAUGAGGUUGUAAAUCAGUCUAGUCCAAGCAACUGUACUGUAUACUGUGGAGGUGUUACUUCUGGGCUAACAGAACAACUAAUGCGUCAGACUUUUUCACCAUUUGGACAAAUAAUGGAAAUUCGAGUCUUUCCAGAUAAAGGAUAUUCAUUUGUUCGGUUCAAUUCCCAUGAAAGUGCAGCACAUGCAAUUGUUUCUGUUAAUGGUACUACCAUUGAAGGUCAUGUUGUGAAAUGCUAUUGGGGCAAAGAAACUCUUGAUAUGAUAAAUCCCGUGCAACAGAAUCAAAUUGGAUAUCCCCAACCUUAUGGCCAGUGGGGCCAGUGGUAUGGAAAUGCACAACAAAUUGGCCAGUAUAUGCCUAAUGGUUGGCAAGUUCCUACAUAUGGAAUGUAUGGCCAGGCAUGGAACCAGCAAGGAUUUAAUCAGACACAGUCUUCUGCACCAUGGAUGGGACCAAAUUAUGGAGUGCAACCGCCUCAAGGGCAAAAUGGCAGCAUGUUGCCCAAUCAGCCUUCUGGGUAUCGAGUGGCAGGGUAUGAAACCCAGUGAAAAAGGACUCCAGAAUCUAAAGCCAGUGGCUUGAGGCUACAGGGAGUGUAGUAAAGCCGUUGUUUACUUAAAGAUUUAUCAAAUCAGUCAGUGCAAAUGUCAGAUACAAUGUAUUUAUUUAAAAGAUUCAUUUUUAAUCAUGAAAUUACUUAUCAUCCACAUUGUUUUAAAAAGAAACAAGAUGCUGGAUGUCUGCCAAUUUUUGCCUUCAUUACCUUUUUUGAUAAAGUUUCUCAGAUCCUUGUUUCAAACACAAAUGCAGGGAUUGCUGCCGCUUUUUAACUAUUAAGAGGCAGAAAAUUGCACAAUAUUGAACUUUUUUCCACUGAAGUAGUGUGCAGUUCUAGUUUGCAUUCCUGAUAUGAUUUAAAACAUGUAAUAUAAAGAUGUUAAAAAAAAAACCAAAACUGUGCAGAGUCUAGAAGUUCUUUGUCAUCUUCAGCUUGUGCACAAUUCUGUUUUAGGUUAAAAAAAGGCAUUGUUUGAGCUGUCCCAUCUCCACUGUUAUCCCUUUGGGGUUUUUUAAUAUAAAUUAUUAGUUUACAUCA